CUCAGCAUUAGUGAGGAUUUAUUCUAAUAAGCAAGUUUUUUUUAAUCACUUAUUUCAAUGUAUUUAUUUUUAAUUAAUAAAUUUAGAUGGACUCCUAAUACAUUUUACUGUCUGUUGGAAAAUUACUCUGUCCGGACGAGCCCGGCGUAGUUUGUCCUCGCAGGCUCCCGUACUUCGGGCUCGCGCACGGCGCGUCGCUCAGCAAUGACUCGGGGACUGUCGUUUGAGAGAAAAUGGCGAAAUAAGGGAGAUUACUGAAAAACACACAAAGAUAUUAGUUACAGAAAAGGCAACUGGCUGACGCGCUGAUUUUUCUGAGAUACAGUUCUCGGCAGACUCUUGGCGGAUUUUUUUUCUGCGUUUGAAGGAAGUGCUUUGCGCAUUUUGGAAGCUGAGCCCUGGUUGCCCGUGCAGCGCUGAGCGGUGGGACCAUGGGAAACACCAGCAGCGAGAGAGGCAGCAUGGGGCACGGCGACAAAGCCCACCGGCGCGACAGCCGCGGCCAUAAGGAGGGCGACAGGCCCAAGAUCCUGAUGGACAGCACCGACGAUGCCUAUAUCUUUCAAGGGGUGGACAUCAAGGCUCCGGCAGAGAAAGACGAGUACCUCGCCUGGCAACAGGACCUGGAGGCUAACGACAGAGGUCCCACUCAAGCACGGCCUACCGUGUUCCGCUGGACUGGCACCGGCAAAGAAGUAUUCCUGUCCGGAUCCUUCAACAACUGGGCAAAUAAGAUCCCCUUGAACAAAAGCCAGAAUAACUUUGUGGCCAUAGUGGAUUUGCCUGAAGGGGAACAUCAGUACAAGUUUUAUGUCGAUGGACAGUGGACCCAUGACCCGAAAGAGCCUGUUGUAACCAACCAUCUCGGAACUGUCAACAACGUCAUCCAAGUGAAGAAGACCGAUUUUGAGGUGUUUGAUGCACUUAUGGUGGACUCACAGAAGUGCUCGGAUAUUUCCGAGCUAUCCAGUUCCCCCCCGGGGCCAUACCAGCAGGAAGCCUACGUGUCCAAGCCUGAGGAGAAGUUCAAAUCCCCCCCUAUCCUCCCCCCUCACCUUCUUCAAGUCAUCCUCAACAAAGACACUGGCAUCUCUUGUGACCCCGCCCUGCUGCCAGAGCCCAAUCACGUGAUGCUCAAUCACCUGUAUGCCCUCUCCAUCAAGGAUGGCGUCAUGGUCCUGAGUGCUACUCACCGCUACAAGAAGAAGUAUGUCACCACCCUGCUGUACAAGCCCAUCUGAGCCGCCGACGUGUGCAUCCUCUCUACAUUCUCUCACUUUUUACUUCCUGUUUCGUUCAGUAUGGAUAAGUAGACCUUUGUUAUUUAUCUGUUCUUCGUUAUGUGCCGACACCAAACGACUGCCUGCCUGUCUCUCGCGUCGUUUUUGUGUCACCUGGCUGAGAGGUGGGCAGUGGGGGCAGAAUGACACUGGGCUCAUUUUCUGAAAUUACAAACCAAUCAGAUGAAUGUACUGGACUGCACUGCCUCCCUGACCUUCUGUAACUCCCGGCGCAAGGCGUCCCGUCCUCCGCUGAUUCUUCAGUGGUGUUUGGUGUAUGAAGUUUCUUUAGUAUCUGUGCACAGUAGCUGACAAUGGUGGAAAGGGAGGCACAUGACACAGGUGGUGGGGGGGAGGCUGACAGACUCUGGGGAUGGGGGGGUGACAGCAGAGGGGGGUGAAAACAAGGCAGCCUUUUCAGCACCGGCAUGACGGAAAACGCAAGGGGUCAUGUCCCGAAAAGGGCUGCCACUGGGUGUGGGGGUGGGUGUUGGGUUGGGUCCCCUGAAAGCAGCAGCCGUUAGGAAUGGGGAUGAGCUGCCCCCACCCACCCAUACACACACACACACACACACACACAUUCCAGGGUUCCUUUCUCACUAUCAUCCAGGUGCCUUAAUUUUGCUGUCCCACAGAUGGGGGCUUCCACAGUAAAGUAGUCAGAUCCAUCAUUUAUUAUCCAGAGUGACACCAGGCAGGCGGUAGGUUGUGUCCCCAGCUGGAGCAUGCUAGAUCUUUGGUGUAUGGGAACCUGAAAGGGAGAAACCAAAUGUGCCUGGGUGGGGGGGGGGGUGACCGUCUUUUGUAUUGUCUAUAACUAUGCAGUGUUCAGAAUGAAUGGUCUUUUGUAAAUUUGUAAGGUCCAUAAGGAGUAAUGGUGAAUGUACUGUACUUUUUGCGUUCUUCACAUUUCAUGGUGGGGUAAAUGAAUAUUACAAUUAAUACUUGUAUUAAAUCACUGACACCAUCA